UGAUGGUGCUCUACGCUGUGCUAUACUGUGGGCUCGUUUUGGAAACGCUUCUUUUCACGGUAAUGGGCUUGCUCGCGGGCAAUGAACUCAGGCUAAAAUUCCGCAUCUUCCAUGAAGUUGCUGUUCAGGCUCACAACAAAAGCGUUGACCCAAUAGCAGUGGCCCAGUUAGCGGAGGCAAAAAAGAGGAUAUUGGAGGUCGAGCAAAGUCCUCAGGUGAUGCCCAUGAACCGCCUUCAAGAUCAUCUUUUGGAGAUCUGCGCUAUGAUGAAAAGAGACCCCUGUGAGAUCUGGCAACCGGACAGUUGCCCCUCUUGGAGGCCGGGUUGUUACAACCGCCCUCCGGCCAAAAUAUGCCCUCCCUGGAUAGCGAGUUGCAAUGUACCUGUUCCGCCAAAGCAGUGUUGGUAUAAGCCAGGCCAGUCAUGUCCUCCGCCCUUAGGUGCAUAUUGCCACGGAAGUGGUUGGUGUCAACCAGGCAACAAAUGCCCCGGAGUCCCAUCGUCACCGCCAGAAGAAACUACUAAUACAGCAAAAAUAUCGAAAACUGUCUUCAUUACAACUUAUCCAAUAACAACAUCUUCCACAAUAACAGGCCCUCCAACUAAAACAACUACAACAUCAAAACGAAGACCAAGAACGUCCACCUCAACAAAUAAUAUACAAUAUACAUCUGUGUCUCUAAAAACUUCAUCUGAACCAAUUGAAUGCGGAAGACCAGGCGCCCCAGGCGGACCCUAUGGUCCAGGUGGUCCUAUGGGUCCUGGUGGGCCUGGCGGUCCAGCCGGUCCUGGAGGUCCGGGGGGACCUGGUGGACCGGGAGGUCCCGGCAUGCCUUGGGGUCCUGGAGGACCAGGAGGGCCUGGUGGUCCAAACGGACCAGGAGGACCUGGUGGUCCCGGAGGACCCAACGGUCCGGGAGGACCAGGAGGACCGUGCGGUCCAGGAUGUGAAAAAAUCACAGGAAAAAGGACAACUCGGAGGCGAAAAUGUUGUACAAAAGCUAAGCAUGCAUUUCAUCGAUCAGCAAUACACUUAAAGCACCCACACAGAGCUCACUUUCCAGUUGGUCCACUUCGAGAAGAACAUUUUACUAAGGGUCACUUAGGCGACAGUGGAAGCGGCCAAAAAAUUCGACAAAAUGACAUUUCACCGCAAGUAAAAAAGACAAUAAAGUCGGACAGCGCCAAUGGGACCGAUAAGCUUUGGCGAUCUGGCAGUAAAAGGAUAUCCGUUUUCAAUGCAAGAUCGGGGAAAAUAAAUAGAAACAUGCAGCUAUUUAGAAGUGCAUUCCAAGAGAACUGUGUCAUUGCAAAUAUCCUUAAAAUGUUCAAUGAGGAAGAAAAAAAAAGUUAGUUUAAAAUGAAAAUGGUAUUUAAUAAAUAAGCUAGCUCUUCUUUUGAGGCAAGGUAAGAAAACUAAACAAUGACCACUUUAAUAAAUUGACACUCUUGUGAUAUUUACCUCCAAAAUUCUAUCAAAACUUUUUCCUAGUAAAAAUUACUUGGCAAAGGUUCGAAGUUGUUUUAGCCACUAAUCCCAUUGCCACUAAAAUCAGAAAAUUAUCGAUCACUCUUGUCUAUUUAAAACUAAUGAUAAGCUAUCACCCUGUAGUCGUCGGUACCCCCUAGCCACAUUGACGAAAAUCGCGAGCUAACCACAAAAGGGAGAGAAAAGCAAAGACGCCUCUAGGGUUUUCGUCGUCUGCUUCUGGUUUGUGCAGAUGCAAGGUGGAAACAAACAUUUCAAAAUGGAAGAAAACAAAGAAACCACGCGAAGGACGCCUUCAGUGGAUCUGUGCAGAUUAAAAUGAACGCCAAGAUGUUGCCCAUUACUGUGAGGCUUGACCCACAGGAAGCAAUACCACAACAGGGCGACUUCGAAUCGAAUUUAAUUUUAUCAAAAUCAGACGACUAUAUCAGUCGUAGUAUUGAGCUAAAAAAAGUGAAACUCCUUUCGGUUUAGUACAAAAAGCAUUUCAUUGCCUGAUUGAAUGCCCAAAGCUAUGCAAUUAUCAUAAUUCGAUGCCAAAAAAUGAGUAUAAGAUAUUUAUAUCCGUUUUCUGAUAUCGAGCAAAAAAAAUUCUUAACGUGGUAAGGGGCCGUGGCAAUUACGCACCAUCAACAUUUAAA